CCUCGGGGUCACCGGAAGCCCGCCCCGCCAGCUUCUGCUUCCGGGUCGGAGCCAUGGCGGUGGCAAAUUCAAGCCCCGUCAACCCCGUGGUGUUCUUCGAUGUCAGCAUCGGCGGCCAGGAGGUGGGCCGCAUGAAGAUCGAGCUCUUUGCGGACGUGGUGCCCAAGACGGCCGAGAACUUUCGGCAGUUCUGCACCGGAGAGUUCAGAAAAGACGGGGUUCCUAUUGGAUACAAAGGGAGCACCUUCCACAGGGUUAUAAAGGAUUUCAUGAUUCAGGGGGGAGACUUUGUGAAUGGAGAUGGGACUGGAGUUGCCAGUAUUUAUCGGGGACCAUUUGCAGAUGAAAAUUUUAAACUGAGACACUCUGCUCCAGGCCUGCUUUCCAUGGCAAACAGUGGGCCCAGUACAAAUGGCUGCCAGUUCUUCAUUACCUGCUCUAAGUGUGAUUGGCUGGAUGGGAAGCAUGUAGUGUUUGGAAAAAUCAUUGAUGGACUUCUAGUGAUGAGAAAGAUUGAGAAUGUUCCCACGGGCCCUAAUAAUAAGCCCAAGCUGCCUGUGGUGAUCUCACAGUGUGGGGAGAUGUAGUCCAGAGCAUGCAGCAUGAGUGGCACAGGCCGUCUUGUUCUGAAGGAUGUUCUUGAGCAGAAUAACCAGGAUUGGCCCAUUUGCUUCCUUGCCUGCUGCCGCCCUGUUUGGUCAAGAGAGAGACCUUGGAAGUAGCACGGAUUCAGGACCCAGGAUUUUGUUUUCAACUGUAAAUAAAGUUUUAUUUUUGUUUUGUC